UUCCUACAGCUGGUUAAUUGUCGGGUAGUAGCCACAUCAUGGAAACACUGAUAUUCUGACUAUUAUUUUGUCCCCAUAGUCUUCCUCAUUGAGGUGUACCUGAAGCCAGGAUUCGUGUGCUUAACUUAGUACAAACCGAGCAUGGGCAGGCAGACAGCGUGACCAGCUCAGCCCUGCACUGUACCUCGAAGGGAGCUGCGUGAAAGCGAAGCAGGACUGAGGAGAAUUUCUUUGAUAAGAUAAUGAAAGUAGUCGGGAUGCAGCCGGCCGUGGGGAGACUCUGCUUCCGGAACAAGCUUGUGCUGGCUCCCAUGGUGCGCGUGGGCACCCUGCCCAUGCGCCUGCUGGCCCUGGACUAUGGUGCAGAUAUUGUCUACUGCGAGGAGCUGAUUGAUCUCAAAAUGCUGCAGUGCCGCAGGGUGGAGAACGAAGUGUUGGAGACAGUGGACUUUGUGGCUCCAGAUGAGAAGGUGGUCUUCAGGACCUGCCAGCGGGAAAAAGAGCAUGUGGUCUUCCAGAUGGGCACAGCUGACCCACAGAGAGCUCUGCGAGUGGCCCAGCUUGUCGAGAAUGACGUAGCUGGAAUCGACGUGAACAUGGGCUGUCCGAAGGAGUACUCUACAAAGGGUGGCAUGGGGGCAGCGCUGCUCUCAGACCCGGACAAGAUAGAGGCCAUUCUGCUCUCCCUUGUCAAAGGCAUUUCAAAACCUGUCACCUGCAAAAUUCGCAUCCUGCCUUCGCUGGAAGACACGGUGAGCCUGGCUCAGCGGAUCGAGAAGACUGGUGUGGCGGCCAUCGCUGUCCAUGGCAGGAAGAAAGAGGAGCGACCCCAGCACCCUGUGCACUGUGACGUCAUCGAGGCUGUGACCAAGGCGCUGUCCAUUCCUGUCAUUGCCAAUGGCGGCUCCCUGGAUCAUGUCCGAGUGCAUGCAGACAUCGCAGCGUUCCAGGCAGCCACGGGGGCGUCCUCGAUCAUGCUGGCACGUGCGGCCAUGUGGAACCCCUCUGUCUUCCGCAGGGAGGGCAGCCUGCCCCUGGAGGAGGUCAUGACACAGUACCUCCGAUAUGCAGUACGCUACGACAACCAUGCCUCCAACACCAAGUACUGCCUGUGCCAGAUGUUGAGGGAGAAACUGGAGUCUCCGCUGGGGAAGCAGCUGCAUGCCGCUCAGACAACCGCAGAUAUUUGCGAGGUGUUUGGGCUUCAGGACUUCUGGAAGGAGACAGAAGAUAGACUUCAGCACCGACAGUCCACUGUCCCAGCCAAGAACCUCAACACAGAGGAUCUUUCCGAGGACUCCGACGUCAUCAAAAUGCCAGUGAAGUUUGACAGGAGAGAAUACGCUCCUCAGAUCACACCCAAGAUGUUCCUGCUGGAGUGGAGUCGAAAGGAGAAGCUGCCCCAGCCUGUGUAUGAGACGGUUCAGAGACCUCUGGACAGAUUCUUCUGCUCCACUGUGACGGCGGCUGGCAGGAAGUACAGAUCUACUGUGUGGGACAAGUCCAAGAAGCUGGCGGAGCAGGCAGCUGCCAUCGUGAGUCUUCGCAGCCUGGGCCUGCCGGAGGGCCGGCUGGGCGAGGCCGACAGCGGCCUGGUCAACAAGAGGAGGCGGGAGGACCCGGCAGGAAGUGAUGUCGCCGAGGAGCCCGCUGUCCCCGCCAGCGAGAAGCAGCAGCCCAGCCUGCCGUGGGAGAGGUGAAGCCACCGGCCUGUAGGGGGCACUUCUCCUGCUUCAGUCGCACAGGGCAUCAGGCCGAGGGGCCUGUCCACACUCGGCUGCCUGGCUGAUUUUAUUUUUUUAUCUCUGUUUUUAAAGUCCCCUGGACCAAGGGCAGGACAGAUCUGUCUCCCUCCCUCCCCAGGGGACCUUAGCAGCUUCUCUGCCUGGAGACUGAUUUGGCAUCUUAAUGGUCACAAACAGCUAAACUUUCCUAUUUAAUAAAGACUCUUUAUUUUACA